AGAUCAAUCCGCCUGACACAGUGUCGUAAGGUUUCGUCGAAUCAUACGCAUAGAUGUGACGCAUUGUACAGUCUACGUCUGCUAUCUUUCGCGGAAACAUGUUGGCAUCAACAUGAAAAAAGCGUGCAAAAUGGAUCUAUCGGAGUCUCAGCAGGAUCUGCUGUCGAAUGAGGCAAGACCACCUUCCGUACAAUCGUUGCAGACACCCAUUGAUUAUAUUCUUGGCCCGGUUGAAAAACAUUUCUUGCUCAGCGCGGAACGAGGUGAUUGUGCCACUGUCAAAAGAUUAAUUGAGGAGAACCAAGAUCACCCGGAAAUAUUGAAUAUCAAUUGCGUCGAUCCGUUAAAUCGUUCGGCGCUGAUAGCCGCUAUUGAAAACGAAAAUAUUGAUCUUAUCAAACUGCUGCUCGAAUUGGGAAUUGAAGUGAAGGAUGCACUUUUGUAUGCCAUUAAAGAAGAGUAUGUGGAAGCGGUGGAGGUUUUACUAGAAUGGGAGGAAAAAAUACACAAGCCGGGACAACCUUACAGUUGGGAAGCUGUAGAUUUGUCGUCAAAUUUUACAUCUGAUGUAACUCCGUUGAUUUUAGCAGCUCAUAAAAAUAAUUAUGAAAUACUGAAGCUGCUUUUAGAUCGUGGUGCGACUCUUCCAACACCUCACGAUGCUAGAUGCGGUUGCGACGAAUGCGUUACUUCUAGUGAACAGGACUCCCUCCGACAUUCACAAUCUCGAAUAAAUGCGUACCGGGCGCUCACUUCGUCAUCUCUAAUCGCACUUUCAUCAAGAGACCCGCUUUUAACGGCCUUCGAGCUUUCGUGGGAACUACGCCGUCUCAGCAGGAUGGAGCAAGAAUUCCGCGCCGAGUAUAAUGAGAUGCGGGAACAGACGCAGCAAUUUGCAACCGCGUUACUGGACCACGCACGCACGUCUUACGAAUUGGAAGUAAUGCUAAACUAUAACCCUACCGGCGAGAAUUGGGACCCUGGGGAGAGACAGACCUUAGACCGGCUCAAGCUAGCUAUUAAAUAUAAGCAGAAACAAUUUGUCGCUCAUCCGAACGUGCAACAAUUACUGGCUGCUAUUUGGUACGACGGUCUUCCGGGAUUCAGAAGGAAAAACAUGAUAGCUCAAUUAAUGGAAGUUGCCAAACUUGGAGCAAUGUUCCCGGUUUACAGUACUAUUUAUAUGAUGGUUCCCACUUCGCAAAUGGGAUUAUUUAUGAAAAAGCCGUUUGUCAAGUUUAUAUGUCAUUCCGCGUCGUACGCUUUUUUUCUAAUGCUACUCGGUAUGGCGUCGCAAAGAGUUGAAUAUUUGAUAAUCGAAUUGUUUGGUAAUGACUGGAUGCGAGAGAUACUUGCUGGUUGGAAAAAACGAGAGCGCGGUUGCAUUCCAGGUUUCGUCGAAACAGGCGUGGUCAUCUAUGUGAUAAGUUUAAUCAUCGGCGAAAUUAAAUCUCUAUGGACAGAUGGAUUAAUUGAGUAUAUAUCGGAUCUUUGGAACAUCGUAGAUUUCAUUCAAAAUACGUUUUACGUAAUAUGGAUAAGUUUGCGUAUUACGGCUUGGUGGAUAGUACAGAGAGAAUAUUGGAGUGGUUUAGAUCCUUGGUAUCCAAGAGAUCAAUGGCACGCAUUCGAUCCAAUGUUACUUUCGGAGGGAGCAUUCGCGGCCGGAAUGAUAUUUAGCUUUUUAAAACUUGUCCAUAUAUUCAGCGUGAAUCCUCAUCUCGGGCCGCUCCAGAUUUCCCUCGGGAGAAUGAUAAUAGAUAUAAUCAAGUUCUUUUUCAUCUACACCCUCGUGCUGUUCGCCUUUGGCUGCGGCAUGAAUCAGUUGCUGUGGUAUUACGCGGAUUUAGAAAAGAGAAAGUGUUAUCACGAGUCCAACGAACUGCCGGAUUUCGAUAACCAAGAGAAAGCCUGUUCGACAUGGAGAAGAUUCGCCAACCUGUUCGAGACAUCGCAAUCUCUCUUUUGGGCGAGUUUCGGCAUGGUCGAUUUAAUGUCGUUCGACCUGACGGGCAUCAAGAGCUUCACGCGAUUCUGGGCGCUUCUCAUGUUCGGUUCUUACUCCGUGAUAAACGUCAUUGUGCUGUUGAAUAUGCUGAUCGCUAUGAUGUCUAAUUCUUAUCAAAUUAUUUCGGAAAGAUCUGACACAGAAUGGAAAUUCGCUAGGAGCCAUUUAUGGAUGAGUUAUUUCGAGGAUGGCGAUACCGUACCACCGCCAUUUAAUAUGAUCCCGACGAAUAAAACUUUCCAAAAACUAUUUAAAUGUGGAGACAGCGGUCGUUCCUCAAGAUCCUUUAUAAAAAAGUCUCGAGAGAAAGCCUUGGCUAGACACGACACCGUAGUGCGUCUACUCAUUCGUCGUUAUGUGACAGCUGAACAAAGGAAACGAGAUGAGUUUGGUAUUACGGAGGACGAUGUCAGGGAGAUUCGCCAGGACAUUUCGAGUUUCCGAUACGAUCUGAUCGAUAUCCUCAGGAAAAACGGAAUGUGCACACCAGCGCUCGAUAAAGAAGAAGCGAACAUAUCCGGGAAAAAGGGCAGAGUGAUGGAACGUCGACUUCAAAAGGAUUUCCAAAUCGGUAUCGUGGAGGGCAUCGUGCAGGCUGUUAUUCAGAGCGAGAAGGAGCCGAAGGAUGUGUUUAGUCAAAUUGCGAAAGCGAUUGGACGGAAAGGCAGUGCCAGUGCCGGUAAGAAAGAUUGGAACGCCGUAGUGAGACAAAACACCAUCGCUAAGGAUCCCAUCGGGAGUACGAACGAAGCGGUGCAACGUCAAACUCGGCGUAGUCUACGUCGCCAGCUGCGACAUCAGCCCAACUCCGAUCUCACGUCUAUGGAUCCAAAUCGGCUGCUCGACUAUAAUCCGAAUCUUUCGGACUUUACGCCAGUUACCAGAAUAGCCUACGCCAAAUUCAUGCUCAGCAAGAAUAAGCUGAACGAGCAGUCCAACGAUACAAAUGACACCAGUAAAAAUACCGAGGAGGCGCCUCAAAGAAAGAGCAAAGCUGUAAUAGCGGAAAUUUCUACAAAUACGGCCACACAACCUACCAUUGAAACUUUUAAGAAACGUCCUUUGGAUUCUACGAGUGGCAGUAGCAGCGUAGAUAAAUUGGCGGUGCUCGAUGUUAAAGCCACCGAAGUUAGAACACCGUCGCCUAUACCCGAGGAUCCUGUAGGAGAACAGCAGUCAACGUCAGUAGCAACAUUCGAUCUAGAGAAUAAAGUUGAAGAGAAAGAAAAUAAGCAAGAAGAACAACAACGACGGAACAGUAAAGAAACGAGUGAGAAAAAGACAUUAGAAGAGCAAAAAGAAGAAGAAACGCUAAAAGAUGAAAGUAAGAGUCAGCAAUUGGAAAAUGCGGAAAGAAAUAACGAUGAUAUUAUCGGACAGAAAAUCUCGGAAACAGAUAAAAAGAUCGAUACAGAAGAAUGUGCUGGAUCUAACGUAAAAAAAACGAAACCUGAAGUACUACCAGUUGAAACCACAAAAUUGCAAGGAAAGUCGAAAGCAACCGGUCGAGUAAUAGGAGGUUGGAUUUAAUUUAAUUAAAAUAUCAUUAUGUUGUACAUGAAUUAUUUUUAUUUCAAAUGUGUUUGAAUACCUUAUUAAACUUAAGUUAUCUUCUCUAUAGA